AUGGCUGCGCAAGCUCCAACAAAGAUCGACCGGCAAGCAACCACGCCGUUUCUGUUGCGCCUCUUCUUUAAGCAGGGGUCAUAUCACAGGCUAGAUGAGUUUGACCCGACCCUACCACGCCUCCCCACCAACGUCCAAAUCUAUACCUGGCAGAGUUGCAGUCUCCGCGAGCUAUGCAAACUGCUCCUUUCCGCUGUACCUACGCUGCUACCCCAGCCUUAUACUGGAUCCCGCCUCGCAUUUCGACUAGUAUAUCCAGACGUACAAGGCUCUAAUCGUCCGGGCGCCCCAGGACGCUUUAUUUCUCGAGACAUAGGAUCCGUCAUUAUUGGCGCACGCGCAGAAGAUGAGGACACAGACAUGGAAGGUGGAGAUGGAUCAACUGUCACAGAGGCACUGAAACAACUAGAUGGAGACCCGGACAGGACCCUUGCCGACGUCAAGUUCCUCAUAGGCGAUUAUAUCGCAUGCGCCAUUCUCCCCCCGUUGCCUGACGGCAGUGUACCAGCUGCACCUCCACCUCUCGCUGGGCCUGGAAGAGGGCCGCCGCCUGGUGCAUACGGCGGACGGGGAAGGGACAACGGUUUCAAUGGACGCGGUGACUACGGCUAUGGAAGAGGGGGGAGAGGGGGAAGAUUCGAUGAUAGAAGAACGAGCGGAGGUGUACCAUCCGGCGAAUGGAGGAGAGGUGAUGCUCUACCUGAGCGAGAACUCGGCUAUGGCAGGGGAGGACGCGGAAGAGGCGGCGGUGGUGAUGGCGGCGACUGGCACGACCGAGGCAGAGGACGAGGAAGAUGGUAG